AUGACUGAUUCGAACAAAACCCUUUUGCUUUUCUUCGAUCGUCCUACCGAGCCGUGCUUUAUGCAAAAAGGAGAGGCGGGAUCCACCUUCCAGCUUCCUGAUAAUUUUUACCCAGAUAAGUACAAGUCUCUGAGCACCACACUCGCGAACCGAUUCGGUUCAGAUUCGCCAUCGAUACCGAUUACUGACAUUGUUCUGCCGAAUCUGCAGCUGCCAAUGGAGUUGCCUUACAACGAACAAUUUUCCUUGUUCGUUCCCAAGCAUAGGCAGAUGGCGGGUAAACUCAUUGACAUCUUCAUGGGUAUGCGGAACGUGCAAGAAUUGAUAUCCGUCUGUUCAUACUGCCAGCUUCGCAUCAAUCCUUAUAUGUUUAACUACUGUCUAUCCGUCGCCAUUUUACACAGGCCAGACACCAAAGGUUUAGAUAUUCCAACUUUCGCUGAGACGUUCCCCGAUAAGUUUAUGGACCCGAAGGUGUUCCGACGUGCUCGGGAGAUCAGCAAUGUCGUCACGUCAGGUGUUAGGAUGCCAAUAACGAUUCCGUUAAACUACACGGCGUCAGAGUCGGAGCCUGAACAGCGCGUGGCGUACUUCCGUGAGGACAUGGGCAUCAACCUGCACCACUGGCACUGGCAUCUCGUGUACCCCUUCGAAGCAGCCGACCGUGCCAUAGUGAACAAGGACCGAAGAGGAGAGCUGUUCUAUUACAUGCAUCAACAAAUUAUUGCCAGAUAUAACGCGGAGCGUCUGUGCAACAAUCUCAAUAGAGUGAAACGUUUUAACAACUUCCGUGAGCCUAUUGAAGAGGGCUACUUCCCUAAACUUGACUCCCAAGUUGCCAGUCGCUCAUGGCCUCCCAGAUUCGCUGGUUCCACAAUCCGCGAUUUGGACAGACCAGUAGAUCAGAUAAGAAGUGAUGUAUCCGAGUUGGAGACUUGGAGAGAUCGUUUCAUUCAGGCGAUCGAGGAUAACGCUAUAAUAUUGCCUAAUGGCAGAAGUAUGCAGCUAGACGAAGCAACAGGUAUUGACGUACUGGGCAACUUGAUGGAGUCGUCUGUUAUCAGCCGUAACCGCCCUUACUACGGAGAUCUUCACAACAUGGGCCACGUCUUCAUCUCGUACUCUCACGACCCCGAUCAUCGUAACUUGGAACAAUUUGGUGUAAUGGGUGAUUCUGCAACGGCUAUGCGGGAUCCCAUAUUCUACCGCUGGCAUUCUUACAUCGAUGACAUCUUUAACUUGCAUAAGAGCAAGUUGCCGACGUAUGGAGAGGACCGGCUGGAUUUCCCUGGUAUCCGCUUGUCGUCCGUCAGCGUAGAGGGUGCUGGUGGCACUAACGCGUUCGCGACACAAUGGGAACAGAGCACGGUGGAGCUGAGCCGCGGGAUGGACUUCACUCCGCGUGGCAGCGUGUUGGCCCGCUUCACGCAUCUCCAGCACGAGGAGUUUAACUACGUUAUCGAAGUGAACAACACCACCGGCAGUUCAGCUAUGGGCACUUUCCGGAUUUUUAUAGCACCGACUUUAGACGAGAAUGGCAGUCCACUCCCCUUCGAAGACCAGAGGAGGCUCAUGAUUGAACUGGACAAGUUUUCACAACCGCUGAAUCCCGGCACCAACACUGUGCGUCGCCGCAGCCUGGACUCGUCGGUGACGAUCCCAUACGAGCGUACGUUCCGCAGCCAGGCGGAUAGGCCGGGAGACCCGGGCUCAGCUGAAGCCGCUCAAUUCGACUUCUGCGGCUGCGGCUGGCCCCACCACAUGCUGAUACCCAAGGGCACGCCUGAAGGCUACCCGAUGGUGCUGUUCGCAAUGGUCACCAACUGGGACGAGGACAGGAUCGAACAAGACUUGGUAGGCACUUGCAAUGAUGCUGCUUCGUACUGUGGUAUACGCGACCGGCGCUAUCCGGAUCGACGUGCGAUGGGCUUCCCCUUCGAUCGUCCUGCAGAUCCCAGCGUUACGAGCCUCCAUGAUUUCCUCAAGCCCAACAUGGCCGUCAGGGACUGCACGAUUCGUUUCACUGACGCCACCAGAAUUCACGGACAACGGGGCUAG